AUGAAUUGGGUAGCGGAGAGAAAAGGAGCUUCCAAACAAGGGUGGACGAACCGAACCCUGGCUUCCAUAUCACCGCCGCCGUUCCCUUUACUGACCCUUCUCCUCAUUAUCUUCUUCCUCCUCUACCUCUCUUCGUACUCCAACUACAGGCACCAAAUGAACGAGACUUUCGUCAGCUUCAAGCUCUUCCUUCUCUUCGUUCCCGUCAUCAUGAUCUUCUCCGCUCAGCUUGUGUCCAAGUUCGAGAUUUUUGCUUUCCCACGGACCAAAGCGGAGUACUAUGGCAACUCGCCGGCGGUGAAGAGGCGGCAGCUGGACUUGCCGUGGGGGAUGGUGGCGGCGGUGGUGUUUCUUUUGUUUAUGGUGUCGUUCCAGUCGUCUCUUCAGUCCAUGUGGUCGCCGGUUGUGCGGCGGUCCGGUUGA